AUGAAGCAUUUAGCUUCACUACUGCCACCGGAUCCAGCACUGACAUUAUCUAUCGGCAGUGGCACUGGACUCCUAGAAGCCUUGCUUCUUCACCAGCGGCCUACACUGGAGCUUAAAGCUGUCGAGGUCCCGGCGAUUAACAACAAGUAUAUGCCAGUUAACAGGAUUGAGAUUGUGGACGGAUACCGGGAUCUUUGCAGUUUGGCAGCAGAUGCAAGUGCCUGGAUGUACGUUUAUCCCAGAGAUGCUUGGCUUCUUCAGAAGUAUGUUCAGGCUUUUGGGGAUCAGAAGUGCGAACUCAUCAUCUGGAUUGGGCCGAGGGCAGAUUUCCCGGAGCCUGAGAAUGAAUUCUUCGGUGCAAUGUGGAUAAAGGAAGACUUCAAAGAAUGCGGUCUUAAGGACUACGAGACUAUGGCAUUGUGGAGGCGGCUACCACUUGACAAAGCUGGUUCGAAGGCGACCGAGGAUGAUGCCUCAGCAAAUUCGAUGUCGAGUUUCGAUCCCGUCGUCGUCAUCGAUGGCAAGGGACAUCUCCUGGGUCGCUUGGCCAGUACCGUGGCCAAGCAGCUGCUUAAUGGCCAGAAAAUCGUCGUCGUCCGAUGCGAAGCUCUCAACAUCUCUGGCGAAUUCUUCCGUGCAAAACUAAAGUAUCUGGCAUACCUACGCAAGAUGACUCGUUACAAUCCCACUCGAGGAGGUCCCUUCCAUUUCCGCGCCCCUUCCCGUAUCUUCUACAAGACGGUGCGCGGUAUGAUUCCCCACAAGACCGCUCGCGGCGCUGCUGCUAUGGAACGUCUAAAGGUGUUCGAGGGUGUUCCCCCACCAUAUGACAAGAAGAAGCGCAUGGUUGUACCACAAGCGCUGAGAGUAUUGAGGCUGAAGCCGGGGAGGAAGUACUGCACCGUUGGCAGGCUGAGUCAUGAAGUUGGAUGGAAAUACAAGGACGUUGUUGAGAGAUUGGAAGAGCGGAGAAAGGUCAAAGGGGCUGCAUACUAUGAGCGCAAGAAGGCAGCGAGGAGGCAACUGUCGGAGGCGCAAAAAAACGCGAAGGUGGAUGACAAGACCAAGGCUCAGCUUGCUGAGUUCGGCUACUAG